UUUUACUCAGUUGAGAAAAGGGUAGAACGCUGCGCGGACUGACUCGUUUAUCUCUGUGUGAAAAAUGGACAAGGCUCUCGUGUUCGUGUUUGUUUGUGUGAUUUUAAACGAAAAUCCUACGAUUCAUGCUUUCAGAACGUUUAACGUGAAUGGUGUGGUGAAGAUUUUGGCGUUAGAGAACGAACAGAUAAACAUACAAUGUAAGCAGGACACCGCUAUGGCUUACUGUGGCUUCGUGCACCCCAGCGGCAAGAGGUUUUCAUUUUCAGGGAACGAGCUCACGAAUGGGCACUGUGCCAUACCCAUCAAAGCGACUCGUCAAGAUGUGGGCGAGUGGAGAUGCCAUAUAGGAAGAAAGCAAACAGGUGUAGAAGACCAGCAAAUAAUCGACCUCCGUGUUGUUGAUAAGGUCGCCGCCAUACACAACAACAUAACUACAGUCCACCGCAAAGAUGUGACCUUGGAAUGUGCCACCACAGAGGGUUACAUGCCACUGAGUUACUGCCGGUUUGAGCCGCCGCAUGGCCCACCCUUUAGUAUUGAUUCCGCUGUGAAUUAUACUACGUCAAUCCUUGGUCGCUACUACUUCCCCCGAAACAAGAGCUUGGACCGAGGAGACUGUGCUGUGACCAUCCGGAAGGUGAAAUACGAAGACGUGGGAGUCUGGACCUGUGGCGCCGGGCUGAGCGACGGCAAAGAGUACACAGAUACUGUGGAGCUGAUCGUCGAAGGUAUAUACACCAUGUCAACAGCAUCAGCCACAGGAGUGACCUUCGGUGCUAUAGGCAUUGGAGCCUUCCUGAUCGUCCUAGGGUACUUUGGCUGGAAGAAGCGGUCCUUCCUCGGAGUAGCCCCGAGACAGGAGGGGCACGAUGAAGGGCAUGAAAUGGGAGAAAUGCCGCAGGCUCGGCACUCCCCACAGAGUCAUCGAUCUUCCAUCAGUAGACGAUCGCCACAGUCCAGUCGAGUGCCCAGUGUGGUCGUCCAAUCACCAUCCGAGACAGGCUCGCCUCUUAUAACUAAAGAGGAGACUAUCGAGCCAUAGAAGACACCAUAGAAGAUUGUAUAUACAAAGUACUCCCAUCAGUAGACGUUCACCGUUAGUGUUCAGUUUGGUCGUGUCACCUUUAAAGACAGGCUCACCCCUCAUAACUAGAGAGGAGACCAUUGAGCCAUAGAAUACAUAUAGGCAUAUACAAAGAUCUUUCAUCAGUAGACUCACUAGCAAAGUGUCUAGUUUAGUCGUGUCACCCUUAGAGGCAGGCUCAGCUCUCACAGGAAA